AAAUUCUUAAGUUGAGAUCAAAGUUCCUUAAUUUGCUAAGGAUUUCUGAGAAAAAAAGCCAAAAAAACCUUUAAAUUUUCUAUUCUUUUCAAAAAUAAUUUUAUUCAACCAACGGCAUCCUCCCCCUCGAAAAAUUACACCCCUGGUGCUAAGCUAAGCUCAGUUAAACUGUCAUAAAUAAAUUUGCCAAGUGAAAUUUGUUUAAACAACUGAAUAUUACUUCGACUUUGGUCAGCAAACAUAUUUAAUUUUAAAAUUUUGGAAUUAAAUUUCUGAAGUGCUUACAUCUUUUUAAAAUAUAACUAUACGUAACAAAAAUUGGAAUCAAUAUUUUUUUAGUACGCACUUGUCGCUCGUUUAAUCAGCAUUAGUUUUAUUUAAAUAAAUUUUUUAAAAUAUGUCUACAAUUUCAUGGGAUGAAAGAAAUGCAAUUGUUCGUUCCUGGGCAUUUACAACACCAUAUCCAAUUUUCUCAGUAUUUGCCAUCUACUUGUGGAUUGUUUAUAAAGCUGGUCCAAAAUUCAUGCAAAAUCGGAAACCCUACAACUUAACUUGCGUUACAAGACUUUAUAAUAUUUAUCAAAUUGUUGCGUGCCUGUGUGCUACUGUGAAAGCAUUUGAAUAUGGAUUUUCGUUUAAGCAUUUGUGGAAAUGUUUUGAUGAGCCCAAAUAUGUUGGAUAUCUGGAUGAAAAUGAUAUGAACAUAAAUUUUUAUUUAUGGUGGUUUAUUGUACUUCGACUGUCUGAAUUUUUGGAAACAAUAUUUUUCAUAUUAAGAAAAAAAUUCAAUCAAGUUUCAAUCCUGCAUGUUUAUCAUCAUAUUAGCGUUCCAUUUCUUCUUUGGAUUUUCAUGAUCAACAGUGGUGGAAGAAUGGAAUUGUACCUCGCAAUUCUGAAUUCUGUUGUGCACGUGGUGAUGUAUGGAUAUUACUUCUUAAGUUCAUUCCAAAAGUAUCAAAAAUACACAAUUUUCGCUAAACCUUUCAUCACUGCCAUUCAAAUUGCCCAACUUUCUGUAUUACUCAUUCAUUCUGUAGUUGCAUUACUUCCUGGAUGUAACGCAUCUUGGCUUUUCAUUUUUCAGGUUAUUAAUUUUUUAAUUUUGAUUUUUAUGUUUUUAAAAUUUUAUUUUAAAUCCUAUUUGAAGUCCACAAAGUUAUAAAUUAUUGAAAUUUCUUCAAAAUUUUGAUUGUGAUGGUUCAAUUAUUAAAUACAGCAAUUAAUGAGCAAAAUUAAAAUAAUUUGAAGG